AUGGGUAAGAAAAAAAGAGAUGAAAUAAAUACGGGUAAAGAAAAAUCCGAACCGGAAAUAGAAAAGAAAAGAGCAAAAAAAGAAAUAAUAAUAAAAACGGAUAAUAAGGAAAAACAACAACAACAACAACAACCGCCAAAGAAACAAUCACGUUCAAAUGAAAAAGAAAGUAAAAAAUUAACAUCUAAUAAAGAUGGUACGAAUAAAAAUAUAAAAAGUCGAAAAUACGAAUAUACGGAUUCGAGUUCGAGUUCGGAUUCGGAAAGUGAAAAAAAUUCAAAUAAAAAUAGUAAUAAUAAUAAAAAAACCGUUACGGAUUCGAAUUCGGAUUCCGUUGAUUCGAAUACAUCGGAUAGCGGAGAUGAUUCGAGUCCCGCAUCCGAAGUGUUCAAAAAUAAUAAGAAACCGAAUAAUAAAAAAAUGAAAGUCGAUGAUGACGUAAUUAAUAAAAACAAUACCGUAACGAAUUUGAUGAUACCCGUUAAAAAUUACGACAGAACAACGGGUGAAAAAUCAUCGAGUUCUGAUAGUUAUCACUCGGAUACGGAAGAAGAAGACAAAAAAAGAAGGAAAAAACAAAAAAAACUAUUGCAAAUGCAAUUGAAUAAAAAAACAAAUAAAAAAAAUAAUAAUAAUAAUUUCACUGUCGCGUCUGACAUUAAGCAACGAGACGUUCAAUCCGAUGCUGACGAAGAAGGCGGUGAUAAUUUAACGUCCAACAACGAUGAAGUACCAGAUUGGCCGGAAAGUGAUUAUGCGGAACUUCUUAGAAGAAUGGAAACUCAAAUACCGCCGAAAGACAAUCAAAAAUUUCAUUCAAGAGCAGCCAAAUUGGAUUGGUCAAAAAUAGCUUUUGGUGAUUACGAUGCUCACGAAUGUUACGAAGUUUGGUUGGCCAUAUCGAAAAGAGUUAGAAGGUUUAGAAUAUUAUCCGAAAUACUUCAGGAUGCCAGAGAAUGGGUCACGAAACCCUGGACAAAUUUUUACAGGGGUUCUAAAAAGAAUCGUCAUCCUGAUAUGCCACCAAGACCAUUGUCGACAUACAUGUUAUAUUAUCUCGAACAAAAAGAUAAAGUUGUAAAAGAAAAUCCAGGAAUGGAAAUGACACAGGUUUCCAAAAUUAUAUCGGAAAUGUAUAAGAAUUUGUCACAAGAAGAGAGAGACAAAUAUACGGAUUUGGCGGCUAAACAAAGGCAAAAUUUCGAUGUGAAAUUAUCGGAAUUUUAUAGGGAACACCCGGAAAUAGCUCAACAACAGCAACAGAGAAAAAUACAAGGGAAAGAAAGUAGUACAAAGGGUCCCAGGAAAGCAAGCAAUCCCUUUAAAUUGUUUUUUCAAGAACAAUUAAAAAAACACGAAGGAGGAUUUUCAGCAGAAGAUAGAAAAACCGUCGAAGAAACUGCAAAGGAAAAAUGGAAAAACAUGAGCGAUGAAAAGAAAUUAAUUUGGAUUGAUUGGGCACUUCAGGAUCAUAAAAGAUACGAAGACGAAAUGAGAGUUUAUAGAUUGGAACAUCCCGAUUACGUUCCACCCAAUUCAUCCAAAUCAAUUUUAAACAAAGACGAGAGAAAUAUUAAAGAAAGACUGGCUGGAAAACCGGUGAAACCGCCCAAUUCAGCAUAUAGUUUAUACUCGAGACUCAUGCUUCAAAGUGAUCCGGAUGUGAAAAGCAAACCGCCGAAACAAAGAAUGGCGGAAAUAUCGAAAAUGUGGAAAAAAAUAUCGGAAUCGCAAAAAGCACUCUACGAAAAAGAAGUCAGAGCGAUGCAAGACAGUUACAAAUUAGAUUUCGCAUCGUAUUUGGAAGGUUUAUCACCGGAAGAAAGAGAAAUUGAAUUGAAAAAAAAUCAACCGAAGAGAAAAAUGAGCGGAAGUAGUGGCAGCAACAACAAUAACAACAACAACAGCAGCAAAGUCGUGGAAGAAAAAGUUAAAAAGAAAGAAAUGAAAAAUAACGUUACGAUGAAAAACGUUAAGAGUAGUAGUAGUAGUAGUAGUAGUAACAACGAUGGCGGACGUUUGAUUUUAUUCAAAGAUGAACCUUUGCCCCCACCCGUGUUGUCCGAGUGUUCAACGAAAUUGAACGAAGGUGAAAGACUUAAGGAAGCCAUUAAAAAAUGGAACGGUUUAUCAGAAUCGAAAAAGAUGAUGUACAAGGAAAAACACAAAGAACUCAAAGACAAAUACAUAAAAAAUUAUGAAAUUUUCUUAAAGAGUUUGUCAAAGGAAGAUUUGAAAAAAUUUUCAGCGUUAAAAGCUCAAUCGAAACAUAAUGAUAAUCCCAAAGGAACGAAAGAAUCCGUGAAUGGUACCGCCGACGAUUCCAACGAGGAUUCGGACAAUGAUGAAAACGGUUCGUCAUCCGAUUCCGGUUCGGACGAUUCUGAUUCGGAUGGUUCGGGCUCGGAAAAAUCUAGCAAAUCAAGUUCUAGUUCGGAUGAUUCCAAUUGUUAA